GGGGCGGUUCUGGGCUGUGCUGCCCGGGGUUCCCGAGUGCAGAGCCGCCCGCCCCCCGCCGCCUGCCGGCCGGUCCACACACCCUGCAGCCCGGGGAGCUACGCGACGGGCCCGGGGACCGGCGCGCCUCGAUUUUCUCUCAGUGCGCACGGGCUGAGGCGGCAGCGGGGGUGGCGGAGACCCUGACGGGAGAGGCGUCCGCGGCGGGGCCGAAUCCUAAUGCUCCUGGCUAACUGGUGGUGAGCAGCUUCGGGGCCAUAGUGGUUGACUCCCCAAGCAAACCAUUUGAAUCCAAUGGAUGCAUUCUCGGGCUCAGGGCUCAAGAGGAAAUUUGAUGAUGUGGAUGUGGGCUCAUCAGUCUCCAACUCGGAUGAUGAGGUCUCCAGCAGUGACAGUGCUGACAGCUGUGACAGCCUCAACCCUCCUACAACCGCCAGCUUCACACCCACAUCCAUCCUGAAGCGGCAGAAGCAGCUGCGGAGGAAGAAUGUCCGCUUUGACCAGGUGACUGUAUACUACUUUGCCCGGCGCCAGGGCUUCACAAGUGUGCCCAGCCAGGGUGGAAGUUCCUUGGGAAUGGCCCAGCGCCAUAAUUCUGUUCGCAGCUACACCCUUUGUGAGUUCGCACAAGAACAAGAAGUGAACCAUAGAGAGAUUCUUCGUGAGCACCUGAAGGAGGAGAAACUUCAUGCCAAGAAAAUGAAGCUGACCAAGAAUGGGACAGUGGAGUCAGUGGAGGCGGAUGGCUUGACGUUGGAUGACGUUUCAGACGAAGACAUCGACGUGGACAGUGUGGAGGUGGAUGACUAUUUCUUCCUCCAGCCCCUGCCCACCAAGAGGCGGCGGGCCCUGCUGAGAGCAUCCGGGGUCCACCGGAUUGAUGCCGAAGAGAAGCAAGAACUUAGAGCCAUCCGCCUAUCUCGGGAAGAAUGUGGUUGUGACUGUCGGCUCUACUGUGACCCAGAAGCAUGUGCCUGUAGCCAGGCUGGAAUUAAGUGCCAGGUGGAUCGGAUGUCCUUUCCUUGUGGCUGCUCCAGGGAUGGCUGUGGAAACAUGGCAGGGCGAAUUGAGUUUAAUCCGAUCCGAGUGCGGACUCACUACCUCCACACCAUCAUGAAGCUGGAGCUUGAGAGCAAGCGACAGGGGAGUCGCCCAGCAGCCCCUGAGGAUGAGCUCCUGCCCACUACUGGCUGCAGCCUGCCAGGAGCCCAGAGUUCUGAGACGCAGGACUUCCAGGAGUUCAUCGCCGAGAACGAGACUGCAGUGAUGCACCUGCAGAGCGCGGAGGAGCUGGAGCGGCUCAAGGCAGAGGAGGACUCGAGCGGCUCCAGUGCUAGCCUGGACUCCAGCAUGGAGAGCCUGGGGGUGUGCAUCCUGGAAGAGCCCCUGGCUGUUCCCCAAGAGCUGUGUCCUGGCCUGGCCACCCCCAUUCUCAUCCAGGCUCAGCUGCCCCCAGGUUCCUCCGUCCUGUGUUUUACCGAGAACUCAGAGCACCCCGCUGCCCCGCCAGUGAGCAACCCAUCCUACUUGAACAGUGGGCCUCUGGUCUACUACCAGGUGGAGCAGAGGCCAGUCUUGGGAGUGAAGGGAGAGUCUGGGUCGGAAGAUGGCACAGCCUCCUUCCCUAAGGAGAAAGAUCUGAGCGUGUUCUCCCUCCCCGUUACCUCGCUGGUGGCUCGCAACUCCUCAGACUCAGCUGCCCCCUGCAAACCAGAGGUGGGAAAAACACCCGCUCUCGACCAACUGCUACCUGAUGACUGUAACCCUAAGCAGCCCGAGAGCGAAGGCUUCCACCCGUCUUGGUCUCCCUCAAGUCUACCCUUCCGAACGGACAAUGGAGAAGGCUGUGGAGUGCAGAACUCCCAGCAGAGCGAGGAUCGGACCCCUGAAGACUCUGCCCUAGAGCUCCCUCUGGCAGUGUGACCUGAGGUAGACACUACCCAUUCUCUAUUUAUUAUCUAACACCAUUUCAAAACAGGACUGCUGCUCCAAGGUUAUUUUAUUGAAACUCUAGGAAAAUGGGCAGGAAAGGGUAACUGUUAGUACAUGUGUUUUUAAGAAGGGAAAGAGACCAGCCCCAGCUGUUUCCAGUACUGAGCUCACUGGACCACCAGAACAAAGAUGUCGCUCACACAGUGAGCUGGGUAGCUCAAGUAGCUCUUCUUUAUGCACAGGGCCAGAACUAAGGAUGUGAGCAGCUCCCUGCAGGGCACGCGCUCGCUCCUCAGACAGCCAUCUCGGUGUAUCAGUCACACUGCUGGAAAGGCCACUCCAGCUGAGUCUAGAACAGAGGCUGCAGAAGUCUCCACUUCUCUACAAAGCCUCCAGUUCUAAACAUUGAUUCUGCCUUUCUCCCACCUCCUGUCUGGGAAGUAAGUUCAUUUUCAGCGUGUUUGGUAUUCCCUGACCUGCUCUGCGGACAGGAUUCCUGGUCUGUAACUUGAAUUAUUUCUUUCUAUGUUCUUAGACACUAGAGUUAAACUUUUCUGCCUUUUCCUCUAUCCUUUUUCCUUAAAAGAAAAAAAUGCAGGUUGGACGUGGUAUAGAGCACAAGGCUUGCACACCAUUAGGCAGGGUCCAGUGUGGAACAGUCUGGACGAUGACUGCUUGUCUUCUCACCUAGUGCACCCACACACUCCUUUUGGGAGAGCUUGGCUCUGCAUGGGAAAUAAAGUACAGUACAAAAUCAUCAGCUAGUUAGGACCCUCUCUCUGUACCGACCCUCACGGUCCUUGGUUACCUAGGGUUAGAAAGCCCUUUUGGAUAUCACAGUUCAAACCCGAGAAGUGCGGGUGUUUAUUGGACCCUUCUGUCUUGGAGAUUUAUGAAAACAAACUGAUUCUUAGUAAUAUGACAUAGGACUCCCAGACCGCAAAGGAUUCAAGGUCUGAUUAUAAUCUUUGAGACGUACAGACUGGGACUCAGACUCAACACUUACCUCAGUCAGUAGGCCUUGCUCCUCUCGCCAUAAUUAAAGUUCCCAGAUCCCCAUUCAGCACUGACUUUUACUGGCGAUGUCACCUCUGCCCCCUGGUUCAGUGGAGGGGAGUGAGACAGUUUCCUCUCAUUCUCCACCAACCAGGAAGGAAAAAUGGAACUUGCUUUGAUUUUCUGAGACAGGUUCUUGGUAAAUAGCCCUGGCUGGCCUGGAACUUAAUGUGUGGGCCAGGCUGGCCUCCAGCCUGUGGCUGUCCUCCUGACACGCAUCCUGAGCACUGGGAUUGCUGGUGUGCACCGCUUUGCUCGACUCUUAUUUAUUUUUGGUGGGAUACUAAGGCCUUGGGGUUGCAGAGCGAGCUUGACUGUGUGUGGCAGCAGAAGCACCUAGUUCUCUCUCCAGCCUCACAGGAGUUACCUGAGUACCAGAGGCCAAGGUGCUCUCACCCUCAGCUAGAAUUCUUAAACCCAAGACCGAAGCUAAACUGAGACUGGCUGGUGGAGAGAAGAAUCUUUUUGAAGGUUUGUUGGGAAGGAGGGAACUCAGCACCUUUCCUCCUUAAGACUCCAAUGUUCUCAUCCCUUGGCCUUGGAUUUUCAUUAGGAGACAUACCUACCACUCAUUGUCAUCAAGACAAGCCAACCCCCAAGAUAUUUGAUAUAAUUCUAGUUUCUAUUCUAAAUGCAUCUCGUCAUUAAUUCCAUCUUCUGAUUCAAACUGAUCCCCAAUCUCUGAGUGCUAAAUGUUUAGCACUGGCAAAUGUCAAGCAAAGGACCUUUCUACAGCUUGGUCCAUCUCGUUUCUGGUGCUACCUGCGCUGGGCAGAAAUGAUAGUUCCUGCUAGGAAGGCUAGGCCUCUGACGGAAGCAGAACCAGUCCCCCUCAGUCUAGGCCUGCGGCUCCUUACCGCAGCUCUUGUUCUACUGUCUCCUUGCAUACUGUGCACAGGUCGUAUUUUCAAUGUGAAUCCAAAGCUUGUCUGGCUCUCUGAAAACAGUUUCUCCCCCUCUAGGUUCUUUACAUGGUAAUGAUGCUGUAUUUAAAGAGAAUAUUUAAAUGUAAUAUUAAAGAAAUAUUCAAAAGAAUGGUUUUCUUU